GCAGCCGGGCGACAGCAGGAAGUCGGGAAGCCUGCCUACGGGCAACACCUGCGCAAGGUGCCUCGGAGAGUUCCGGCAGAGCGAAAGAAGUCUGGGAGUCAGCGCGCCCGUGCCAUGUUGGUCUCCUGGAGUUGAAAGCCACUGCUGCGGGCGACGGAGAUGUUUGUGAAGCUGGUCGUGCUUUCAGUCCUACAGCACUCCGUGCGCUUUUUGUGCCGCGUGACCUGCCUGGGCGGUAUGAAGCAGAGGCUGACGCGGAUGUUUUAGCAACUUUUGGAGAAGUUGCAACAGCAUGGCCGCAGUCUAUGCAAGCCUACGUGACUGGUGUGCUACAGCCGGCAACUUAUGAUGAGGUACAUGGAGCAGUGACCGCUUUGAGCGAUCACCAGAAGCUUGCAUCAUGGUGCAGAGGACAGAGCCAAUCUGUAAAGGAAGCAGUAGCCGAUCUGCCCGGUCAGAAGGCAGUGGUGUUCUGGAUGCGGGCACAGAAUGCCAUGCUCCAUAUCGAAUCGCAGUCCUGCAGUGCUGCACGAUUGAGUGCUUGGCGUGUGCAGCUGCCACUGGAAGCAGCGCUACAAGCGGAGCCUGCUGCUCUCCUUGUACCAGAAGCGGCCACGGACGUCGAUUGGUCUAUUCUGCAGGACACGCACUUCCAGCAGCUUGUGUCCGAGCUGGCAGAGCACGACCUGUUGGGAGCAACCCCGACGCCAGGCAACAAUUAG